GCCCGCUGCCGCUCGCCGCUCCUUCGCCUCGACUCCCCGGCGGCCGCAGCAUGAAGUGGCGCAGAGAUGGCCAGGAGAGGUAAGAAGCCCGUGGUGCGAACGCUGGAGGAUCUGACACUGGACUCGGGUUAUGGUGGCGCGGCGGACUCUGUGCGCUCCUCCAACUUGUCUCUGUGCUGUUCCGACUCGCACCCGGCGUCCCCGUAUGGCGGGAGCUGCUGGCCGCCUCUAGCUGACUCCAUGCACAGCCGGCACAACAGCUUUGACACCGUCAACACUGCCCUGGUGGAAGACUCCGAGGGGCUGGACUGCGCCGGCCAGCACUGCUCGCGGCUGCUGCCGGACCUCGACGAGGUGCCCUGGACGCUCCAGGAGCUGGAGGCGCUGCUGCUGCGCUCGCGGGAUCCCCGGGCAGGCCCCGCGGCCCCCGGCGGCCUGCCGAAGGACGCGCUGGCCAAGCUGUCGAUGCUGGUGAGCCGGGCGCUGGUGCGCAUAGCCAAAGAGGCGCAGCGCCUGAGCUUGCGCUUCGCCAAGUGCACCAAGUACGAGAUCCAGAGCGCCAUGGAGAUCGUGCUGUCCUGGGGCCUGGCGGCGCACUGCACGGCGGCCGCGCUGGCCGCGUUGUCCCUCUACAACAUGAGCAGCGCCGGCGGCGACCGCCUGGGCCGCGGCAAGUCGGCGCGCUGCGGCCUCACCUUCUCCGUGGGCCGCGUGUACCGCUGGAUGGUGGACAGCCGCGUGGCGCUGCGUAUCCACGAGCACGCCGCCAUCUACCUGACGGCCUGCAUGGAGAGCCUCUUCCGGGACAUCUACGCGCGGGUGGUGGCCUCCGGGCUGCCCCGCAGCUGUAGCGGCCCCGGCCCCGGCUCCGGCUCGGGCCCCGGGGCGGCUUCGGCGGCGGAGAAGGAGCGGGAGGCGCCGGGAGCGGGAGCGGCGAGCGGCGGCGCCUGCAGCGCGGCCAGCAGCGCCAGCGGGGGCAGCAGCUGUUGCGCUCCGCCAGCCGCCACCGCCACCGCCACCACCGUCGCCGCAGUCCCGCCGGCCGCCGCCGCCGCCGCCGCCAACCACCACCAUCACCACCACCACGCGCUGCAGGAGGCGCCCAAGUUCACGGUGGAGACGCUGGAGCACACGGUCAACAACGACUCAGAGAUCUGGGGGCUCCUACAGCCCUACCAGCACCUCAUCUGUGGGAAGAACGCCAGCGGGGUGCUGUGCCUGCCGGACAGCCUGAAUCUUCACAGAGACCCCCAGCGCUCCAGCAAGCCGGGAGAACUGCCCAUGUUCAGCCAGUCGGAGCUGCGCACCAUCGAGCAGUCCCUGCUGGCCACCCGCGUGGGCAGCAUCGCGGAGCUGAGUGACCUGGUGUCCCGCGCGAUGCAUCACCUGCAGCCCCUCAAUGCCAAGCACCAUGGCAACGGCACCCCGCUGCACCACAAGCAGGGCUCGCUCUACUGGGAGCCCGAGGCCCUGUACACCCUUUGCUAUUUCAUGCACUGCCCGCAAAUGGAAUGGGAGAACCCCAACGUGGAGCCUUCCAAAGUCAACCUCCAGGUGGAAAGGCCCUUCCUCGUGCUGCCGCCGCUGAUGGAGUGGAUCCGGGUGGCCGUGGCGCACGCCGGCCACCGCCGCAGCUUCUCCAUGGACAGCGACGACGUACGCCAGGCGGCGCGGCUGCUGCUGCCCGGCGUGGACUGCGAGCCGCGCCAGCUCCGGGCCGACGACUGCUUUUGUGCCUCCCGGAAGCUGGACGCGGUGGCCAUCGAAGCCAAGUUUAAACAGGACCUGGGCUUCCGGAUGCUGAACUGUGGGCGCACGGACCUGGUAAAGCAGGCAGUGUCUCUGCUGGGGCCCGAUGGCAUCAACACCAUGAGCGAACAGGGCAUGACUCCCCUGAUGUACGCCUGCGUCCGCGGGGACGAGGCCAUGGUUCAGAUGCUGCUGGAUGCCGGAGCUGACCUGAAUGUGGAGGUUGUCAGUACUUCUCAUAAAUAUCCAUCCGUCCACCCCGAGACCCGCCAUUGGACGGCUCUGACUUUUGCUGUGUUGCAUGGACAUAUUCCUGUAGUUCAGCUCCUCCUGGACGCUGGAGCCAAGGUGGAAGGCUCGGUGGAGACCGGGGAGGAGAACUACUCAGAAACGCCGCUGCAGCUCGCGGCCGCCGUAGGAAAUUUUGAGCUGGUUAGUUUGCUGUUGGAGCGUGGUGCGGACCCCCUGAUAGGAACCAUGUACAGGAAUGGAAUUUCUACAACCCCUCAGGGUGAUAUGAACUCUUUCAGCCAGGCUGCAGCCCACGGACACAGGAAUGUGUUCCGCAAACUGCUCGCUCAGCCAGAAAAGGAGAAGAGUGACAUCCUGUCCCUGGAGGAGAUUCUGGCCGAGGGGACUGACCUGGCGGAGACAGCCCCGCCCCCGCUGUGCGCCAGCCGCAACAGCAAAGCCAAACUGAGGGCCCUGCGGGAGGCCAUGUACCACAGCGCUGAGCACGGCUACGUGGAUGUCACAAUUGAUAUCAGAAGCAUAGGUGUUCCGUGGACACUGCACACGUGGCUGGAGUCUCUGCGGAUCGCCUUCCAGCAGCACCGCAGGCCCCUCAUCCAGUGCUUGCUCAAGGAGUUCAAGACCAUUCAGGAGGAGGAGUACACGGAGGAGCUCAUCACCCAAGGCCUGCCCCUGAUGUUUGAGAUCUUGAAAGCUAGCAAGAACGAAGUGAUCAGCCAGCAGCUUUGCGUCAUCUUCACGCACUGCUACGGGCCGUACCCCAUCCCCAAGCUCACGGAGAUCAAACGGAAGCAGACCUCGCGCCUGGAUCCUCACUUUCUGAACAACAAAGAGAUGUCGGACGUCACCUUCCUGGUGGAAGGAAGGCCAUUCUACGCCCACAGGGUGCUCUUGUUCACGGCCUCCCCGAGGUUCAAAGCACUUCUCUCCAGCAAGCCGACCAACGACAGCACCUGCAUAGAGAUUGGCUACGUGAAGUACCCCAUCUUCCAGCUGGUCAUGCAGUAUCUGUACUACGGUGGCCCAGAGUCACUUCUCAUCAAAAACAACGAGAUCAUGGAGCUCCUGUCUGCAGCCAAGUUCUUCCAGCUGGAGGCUCUGCAGCGACACUGUGAGAUUAUCUGUGCGAAAAGCAUCAACACUGACAACUGUGUGGACAUUUACAACCACGCCAAGUUUCUGGGUGUCACGGAGCUCUCGGCGUACUGCGAAGGCUACUUCCUCAAAAACAUGAUGGUCCUCAUCGAGAACGAGGCGUUCAAACAGCUCCUGUACGACAAGAGCGGCGAGGGCACGGGCCAGGAUGUGCUGCAGGACUUGCAGAGGACGUUGGCCAUCAGGAUUCAGUCCAUCCACUUGUCGUCGUCCAAAGGCUCCGUCGUGUGAGCCGCCCGGUGCACCCAGCACAUCUGGCACACCUGGCCGUUCUCUCUCUGCAUUCUCUUCACCCAAACGCAGACAGAUUCCACCUGGCGGCGGUUUCUGGCUGGGCCAAGGAGCUGCCUCUGUUGCCUCGGCUUCUUCUUGAGGGAGUACAUUCAGCUCCCGUGUGUUCCUGUCGAAAAGCAAAGGACAUCCCAUUGGUCUGCAGAUCCGGUCAGAGCGUGAAGGUCACCACAGGGCAGCCAAGCGAACCCCGAUCAAAAGCGCCCCUGGGUCUUGGAGCCUGGUGCCAGGGACCUCCCGUGGAACGGCAGGACUGAGGCCUAGAGUCCAUUCAGGUUCCAGGUGGACAGUUGGAGGACUUAGCUGUGACCCCGGCAGGCCUCGGCUGACACAGCAAGGACCCUGCUGGCUGCCACUGAGGCAGCACCGAGCACAGCAGCAGGUGGAUGAGGCUACUGCCGGCACUGAGGAGUGAACCUGACACGUUUUUAGGAGUGGGAGCUUUUUAAAACGUUCAAAACAUAACACAAACAGGGCAGUCUUGUAGUUUAAAAUAUAUUUCUAAAAGUGUAACGGUUCAUUUUCAACUGAAUUGUAUUUGGGGAUCUGUGUUUCAGGGUUGUUGUUUUGUUUUGUUUUGUUUUUUCUUUCUUUUUAAACAGUGAGUCACAGGUCCACAGUAUAAACAUGCAUCCGACAAAAUAUUACUGAUAUUCUCUACAAGAUGAAAUAAUCUUGCCUUAGUGAUUAUGGUUACACAAAGAGGUGCACUGCCAAUAAUUAUCUCUUAUUCAGUAGUUGACAACAGCCUGCAUGCUAAUUGUGGUUUCGGGGUGCCAGUAAAACACCCCCACAUGACAAAUCACGCAUUUGCAUGGGCCCAAACCUGUGAACGUUGUGUAUGCUUCAUUUUUGCCAAGGUUAAAAAAAAAAAAAAAACAACAAAAAGCAGUUUCAUCCCUUGUUGCUUAAAGUCCAUUUGGUGAAACUCGCAUAUCCACUUCUUUUCCUAAUUAACGAAUGAUGCUGGGAUGCUUUUACAGAAAUGCACUCAUAGAUGAUGCUAAGCGGGGCGGGGUGGGAGAAGCACGCCAGAGAAUGUACUCUUAGUCCCAGAGUUUUCUCUGUAUUUCUCAGAAGAUGUUCAUAGUUUGUUACUAGCCAGAGAGUAUGACUCUGUUAGAUUAUUUUUCAAGACAUGUAUGAUGGGCUGGAUUCCUGCUGUAUCCUGAGGUUGUACAGUAGAGGGCUGUCUAUAAUGAGAGUUGAUAUAGACAGGAUUCCGUUGGCUCUGCCGUAUAUUCUAUAUAUAUAAGCAAAAGAGAUCGGUGAAGUGCCACAAUAAUUCCAAAUAAUGUUUGAGUUGCCGCCUCCUUUCUCGUCUUUCAUUUGAACCCUGCGGGAGAACCGGGGAGAGCGACUCUCAGUCUCUGGGAUGGCAACGUUUUGCUGAUAACUCUAUUUCCCAGCAUGCUUUGGGGAAGUUGUGCCAGACCCUUGAUCCCCAGGGGGCUGCUGUUCAUCUCCUGUCCUCGCUGCCCGCACCAUUGGCCAGAGGACCCAUGUCGAGUCCGGCCUCCACCACGUGUCUCUGCAGUGGUGGCUUUCCUGGGAUGCUGACCGCAAGGCCUCUCUUCCAUGCGGCCAUGCGCAAACCUCCCCAGCCCUGACCAUCAAAUGAGGAAGGAAGGAAGGCUGCCCCUGGAGGAGUCCCGGGAGCAUGGAGGUCACAGCGCAAGCCUCGAAGCGGCUGCCCGCCUCCUCCACUGCCUCAGAGACGCUGCUCGGGUUUCCCUCGCUGCGCCCUGCUUCUCCGUGAACUGUGGGGCCUAUAGCAGGUGGGCAGCGACUCCCGCGGGGCUGCUG